AGCUGUUGUUUUUAAAAACAGUGAAAUAUUAAUCAUGAAAAACUCAGUGUUUGUAUUUCUGUUCGUAUUCGCGGUCAUUUCUCACAGAGCGAUCUGUGGUCCAAAAUGUAAGAAAUGCGACGGAGGACAACAAUCCGCUUGCUUCAACGACGACAAAUCAAUUGAAAGAGAGGAAUGUAACGGCGAAGAAUCGUUUUGCUAUGUAUUAAUUUAUAAACUUGAAGACCAAGGUGAGAAGAUGGUGAGGAAAGGAUGUUGUAAUGAUGGUAAAUUAUCAUGCUCCGACGCGAUAUUGCGUUGUGGUCGUCUAGAAAAUUGUAUAGAUGUAUCUUCUUAUGUAGACUACACUAAUUAGUAAACGACCUUACUAGCAAACCCUUACUGGAAAAAUAAAUUUAUUGAAAUCAUGCAA